CCCCUCAUCCUCGCAAUCCUUAUAUUGUCCCUGGGCAGUGCAAUUUCAGAGGAACUUCUCGACUACUUCUGCCAAUUUCAUUGAUCUUACUUUUUUGUUGCCCAAGAUUUACCCAAUGGAUCCCUCCAAGCCUGCAGUGUCAUCCACCUUGGGGGAGGCCAAGUACAUUGAGUUCCCCUGUGUGCCAGAGGGGACGAAGCAUGAAGAUGGCACCCCGGUGUUGAAUCGAUACUCUGCCACUAUCACUAGGGGCCAUGACUUCCCUGGUGCGAAGGCAAUGCUCUACGCAGCAGGCGUCCCCGACCACAAUGCCAUGACGAAGAGUCCCCAGGUUGGUGUUGCGUCUGUGUGGUGGGAAGGCAACCCAUGUAAUAUGCACUUGUUGGAUCUGGCCAAGACUGUGAAGAAGGCGAUCACGGAGCAAGGCAUGAUCGGAUGGCAGUACAACACCAUUGGAGUGUCGGAUGCGAUUGGCAUGGGUAGUGAAGGCAUGCGUUUCUCCCUUCAGACUCGUGAGAUCAUCGCAGAUAGUGUUGAAUCUGUGACCUGCGCUCAAUACCACGAUGCUUGCAUCGCGAUUCCUGGCUGCGACAAGAACAUGCCGGGUGUAGUGAUGGGUAUGGCGAGACACAAUCGGCCCUCGAUCAUGAUCUACGGCGGUACCAUCCAGGUUGGAUAUUCCAAUCUUCUUCGAAAGCGUGUCAGCGUCUCAACGUGCUUUGAGGCUGCGGGUGCUUAUACAUAUGAUACCCUUCGUCAGCCAAAUGACGGCGGUGAUACCAGCAAGAACAAGGAUGAGAUUAUGGAUGAUCUGGAGAGACAUGCCUGCCCCAGUGCGGGUGCAUGUGGUGGCAUGUUCACUGCCAACACCAUGGCGACGGCAAUUGAGUCCAUGGGACUUUCUCUGCCCGGCUCGUCUUCUACGCCCGCGUCUUCCCCAACAAAGAUGCGUGAGUGUGUCAAAGCAGCUGAAGCCAUUAAGAUUUGCAUGGAGAAGAAUAUCCGCCCUCGGGACUUGUUGACCAAGCGGUCGUUCGAGAAUGCCCUUAUCAUUACUAUGGCCCUCGGCGGCAGCACCAAUGGCGUGCUUCACUUCCUUGCUAUGGCCCGUACUGCCGGCGUGGACCUUACCCUGGAUGAUGUGCAGCGGGUCAGCAAUAAGAUUCCUUUCAUCGCUGACCUUUCCCCCAGUGGAAAGUACUUCAUGGCUGACCUCUACGAAAUUGGCGGCAUCCCAUCGGUGCAAAAGCUGUUGAUCGCAGCUGGUCUGCUCGACGGCGAUAUCCUCACUGUGACCGGCAAGACUCUAGCCGAGAACGUUGCAUCUCACCCGUCACUGCCUGCUGACCAGGUCAUCAUCCGUCCCCUGAACAACCCGAUCAAGGCGAGUGGUCACCUUCAGAUCCUCCGAGGUAACCUUGCCCCCGGUGGUGCGGUAGCCAAGAUCACCGGCAAGGAAGGACUUCGGUUCACAGGCAAGGCGCGCGUGUUUGACAAGGAGCACCAGCUCAACGAGGCAUUGAACCAGGGUAAGAUCCCUCACGGCGAGAACCUGGUCCUCAUUGUUCGUUACGAGGGUCCCAAGGGAGGACCGGGAAUGCCGGAACAGCUGAAAGCCAGUGCUGCCCUCAUGGGAGCCAAGCUCACCAAUGUGGCGCUGAUUACGGACGGGCGAUACUCAGGGGCUAGUCACGGAUUCAUUGUGGGGCAUAUUGUCCCUGAAGCUGCAGUAGGUGGACCCAUUGCUGUUGUCCGCGACGGAGAUGUGAUCACCAUUGAUGCCGAAUCCAACACGAUCACCAUGGACGUUUCGGACGAGGAGAUCCAGCAGCGCCUGCGGGAGUGGAAGCCCCCGGCACCCCAUGUCACACGGGGUGUGUUGGCCAAAUAUGCCCGGUUGGUGGGCGAUGCCUCGAACGGGGCCAUGACAGAUCUAUUUUAGGCUCUGGAUAGGUGAACAAUCAACAAAAUGCUAUAUAACUUGGCUAUGGAGUAAUGUCUAAUGACGCAGCUGCCUUGUCAUACUACGGGAAGUGGACCAAUGAAUCUAAACUGGUUCAGUGGGUGUUAGUAGGUGCCCAACCAUCAUUCCUUUUGAAGAUGUACACGACUCCGUGGAAUGGAGUCAGGCGAUACUCAC